AUGGUCUUACGGCCUUGUGCCGUCCCUCCUCUCUUCUCACCUGAUUCCCUCCUCUCUCCUCACCUGAUUCCCUCCUCUCUCCUCACCUGCUCCCCUCCUCUCUCCUCACCUGAUUCCCUCCUCUCUCCUCACCUGCUCCCCUCCUCUCUCUUCAUCUGCUCCCCUCCUCUCUCCUCAUCUGCUCCCCUCCUCUCUCCUCACCUGCUCCCCUCCUCUCUCCUCACCUGCUCCCCUCCUCUCUCAUCACCUGCUCCCCUCCUCUCUCCUCACCUGCUCCCCUCCUCUCUCCUCACCUGCUCGCCCCUCUAUUCUCACCUUUUCACCCCUCUCUCCACCUGCUCCCCCCCUGUCUUCUCACCUGCUCCCCUCCUGUCUCCUCACCUGCUCCCCUCCUCUCCUCACCUGCUCCCCUCCUGUCUUCUCACCUGCUCCCCUCCUCUCCUCACCUGCUCCCCUCCUCCCCCCUCACCUACUCGCUCCUCUCUCCUCACCUGCUCGUCCCACUGUUGUUCCUCCGCUUCUCCUUCACAUUUUGAUGCGUCUGCUCUCUUCUCCUGCCGUGUCUCCUGCUUUCACCUGCUGCGUCUCCUGUUGAGUGUUGCUGAUCUGCUGCUCAUGGCAGGGCGGACGGCAGCACGUGAGAAGGGGAGCAUAGAUUGUCACAAGGAGAGCACAUGA